GGCGGCGCCGCGCGAGCAGCAGCAGCAGAGGCGGCGGCGGCCCCCAGCCCAGACCGGCGCCGCCGGCAAGCCCGGGCCCCAAGGUGCUGCGGAGCCCCAAGUUCCCGCCAUGAGCAGCUGGCUCGCGGGGCUCCGCUGCCCGGGGGACUCCCGCCCGGCAGAGCGCGACCGCAGCGCCCCGCGGCCCCGACGCGCCUAACGCCGCCGCUCGCCGGUCCCGCCACCGCCGCCACCGCCCGCGUCCCUGCCACCACCGCCGCCGCCUCGGCCGCAGCAGCACCGCCAGCAGCAUGUCUCGAAGGAAGAUUUCGUCCGAGUCCUUCAGCUCCCUGGGCUCCGACUACCUGGAGACCAGCCCGGAGGAGGAAGGGGAGUGCCCCCUGUCUAGGCUCUGCUGGAACGGCAGCCGGAGUCCGCCCGGGCCGCCCGAGUCCAGCGCGGCCGCGGCCACUGCCGCCCCAGCCCCGGCUGCCUCUGCUGCCGCCGCCGCUGCUGCUGCUGCCGCCGCCACGGCCGGGGCCAGGAGGGCGCAGCGCCGCAGGCGGGUCAACCUGGACUCGCUGGGCGAGAGCAUCAGCCGCCUGACGGCGCCCUCGCCUCAGACGAUACAGCAAACUCUCAAGAGGACAUUACAGUAUUAUGAACAUCAAGUUAUUGGUUAUAGGGAUGCAGAAAAGAAUUUCCACAAUAUCUCUAACAGAUGCUCCUAUGCAGACCAUUCCAACAAAGAAGAAAUUGAAGAUGUCUCAGGAAUUCUUCAGUGCACUGCUAAUGUACUCGGUUUGAAGUUUGAGGAAAUUCAAGAACGAUUUGGAGAGGAGUUCUUUAAGAUAUGCUUUGAUGAGAAUGAGAGAGUUCUUCGAGCCGUAGGUGGCACAUUACAGGACUUUUUUAAUGGUUUUGAUGCUUUGUUGGAGCACAUUAGAACUUCUUUUGGAAAACAGGCCACUCUGGAGUCACCAUCUUUCCUAUGCAAAGAGCUCCCUGAAGGUACUCUUAUGCUCCACUACUUCCACCCUCAUCAUGUGGUUGGGUUUGCAAUGCUGGGGAUGAUUAAGGCUGCAGGAAAGAAGAUCUAUCGUCAGGAUGUGGAAGUGGAACAGGUUGCCAAUGAGAAGCUAUGCUCUGAUGGUUCAAACCCAGGCAAUUGUAGCUGUCUUACUUUCCUUAUCAAAGAAUGUGAAAAUACUAACAUCACGAAGAACCUUCCACAGGGAACCUCCAAAGUCCCUGCAGACCUCAGAAUUAGCAUCAACACCUUCUGCAGAGCCUUCCCUUUCCACCUGAUGUUUGACCCCAACAUGUCAGUGCUUCAGCUGGGAGAAGGCUUAAGGAAACAACUCCGAUGUGACACUCACAAAGUACUCAGGUUUGAGGACUGCUUUGAGAUUGUUUCUCCAAAAGUCAAUGCUACCUUUGAGAGAGUCCUGCUGCGACUGUCCACCCCAUUUGUGAUUAGGACCAAACCUGAGGCUUCUGGCACUGAAAAUAAAGAAAAGUGCUGGGGAUCGAACCCAGGGCCUUGUGCUUGCGAGGUGAUGGAAGUAAAAGGACAAAUGAUCCAUGUCCCAGAAUCAAAUUCCAUUUUAUUUCUGGGCUCCCCAUGUGUGGACAAGUUGGAUGAACUCAUGGGUCGAGGCCUGCAUCUCUCAGAUAUCCCUAUCCAUGAUGCCACCCGAGAUGUCAUUCUGGUUGGUGAGCAGGCAAAAGCCCAAGAUGGCUUGAAGAAGAGGAUGGAUAAAUUAAAGGCAACUUUAGAAAGAACUCACCAGGCCCUGGAAGAAGAGAAGAAGAAGACAGUGGAUCUUCUAUAUUCUAUUUUCCCUGGCGAUGUAGCCCAGCAGUUGUGGCAGGGGCAGCAGGUGCAAGCCAGAAAGUUUGAUGAUGUCACCAUGCUCUUUUCAGACAUUGUAGGCUUCACAGCCAUAUGUGCCCAGUGCACCCCCAUGCAGGUGAUCAGCAUGCUGAAUGAACUGUACACCAGAUUCGACCACCAGUGUGGAUUUCUGGAUAUUUAUAAGGUGGAAACAAUAGGUGAUGCAUACUGUGUUGCUGCUGGACUCCACAGAAAAAGCCUCUGCCAUGCCAAACCCAUUGCUCUGAUGGCCUUGAAGAUGAUGGAACUUUCUGAAGAAGUGCUGACACCUGAUGGAAGGCCAAUUCAGAUGAGAAUAGGCAUUCACUCCGGCUCCGUGCUGGCUGGCGUUGUUGGGGUAAGAAUGCCACGGUACUGCCUGUUUGGAAACAAUGUCACUCUGGCAAGCAAAUUUGAAUCUGGAAGUCACCCUAGGCGCAUCAAUGUCAGCCCAACAACCUAUCAAUUAUUAAAACGAGAAGAAAGUUUCACAUUCAUCCCUCGGUCCCGUGAAGAACUUCCAGACAACUUCCCAAAGGAAAUUCCUGGGAUCUGCUAUUUCCUGGAGGUAAGGACUGGUCCAAAGCAGCCAAAGCCUUCUCUUUCUUCGUCAAGAAUAAAAAAGGUUUCCUACAACAUCGGCACCAUGUUCCUCCGGGAGACAAGCCUCUGAGACCUGCUGCAGAUCAAAGACUCCUUCAAAAAGCACAAACCCAGAACGUGGGUCACUAUGAAGGUGGAAAGAGGUGGUUCCUCUCUCAAUGUUUUGCUGAAAACAAGCAGUGGAAUUUCUGUUAUGUCAGGCAAUAAUCCUUGAAGAGCUGAGGGCGCGGGGAAACCAGAUAUGUCCAUCCACAUGAGUGUUUUUGAUCAUUCAUGUAUAUAUAUAAAUUACAAAUAUGGGCCCUUUUAAAAACUAACCAAUAAAUAGACUCUGUGUUUUCUUGUUUGUCAUGCAUAUAGGCAUCUUCCCCUAUAUAUUUGUACCACUUUUGAGAGCCAGUUUUGAGUAUAUAUGCCUACAUUUAGUGAAUUGGUAGGUGAGGAAUAUUUUCUAAUUUUCUUUUUCUGAACAGACAUUUCAUACAUAUAUCAUGGCAGUGUGGUAAACUUCCCAGCAGGAAGAAUUGUAACUCAGCAAAAUAUUUUAGGGAUAUUACCUAUUUUUAUACACAUCUCUUCUUCUAGAUAAUUACAUUUCACACAACAUUAUUAGCCUUUUGGAAUCUGCUACUGUAUUGAUGGUACAUUAUGUAAUGCUAAACUACUAAUCUAAUAUAGUUUCACUUAUCUAGAGAGAUUAGUGCUUGGACUGUGAAUACAUAUAACCAAGGAUCUCAGAUGCUGAGAAAGCAUUGUAUGUCUGCUUAGUAAAUAUAUCUUUCAGACUUAACAAAUGAAGCAUGGAGUCCAGAGGAAAUGGAAUUUAUUAGUAGCAGAUGUAUCUGUAACUAAGAUUAAGGUCUUUUGCCAUUUUCUAACACAUAUCAACUAAAAACAAAUGCUUUGUUACAUUGGACCCUUUUCAACUUAGCACUUAUAAAUAUGGGUAGUUUUUUCAACAUUAAACUGCAUUCUAAUAAACAGCAUCCUACUAAAUAACAUGCGAGUAACUCUUCUACCCUUCCCCAGUUGAUAUUUCCUAAGCUGAUUGCCACCCUCAGAAGCAUAUUCCUGGACACUGGCAUUACUGACGAAGUGUCAGGACAUUUUGCCAAGAAUACUGUUUCUUAUUUCAUAACAAAAUGCAAGAAAACUGUGUAUCUUAUGGCUUUUAGAUUGUUAGAAAGCAUUCUUCUACAAUUUCAUUUAUGUGUCUUUUAAUUUCAUGGAAUCAUCUUCAUGAAACUAAUGUAUGUCUAACUUAUAGAACUUAUAAUCACUGUUGUUACAACAGGUUUUCCUAGCAUGUUCUGCUAAAAUUAAGACCUGUUCCCAGUAAUCAAUCCUGCAUGAAAAUAUUAUUACAGCUCACACUGAAAUUAGGAGCACAGUGUGUCCAGAGUUUUCCUAUUUUGGAUCAGUUAUGAAGCCUAAAUUUCUAUUGAGGUUAAUGAGCUAUAAGCAUUUGCUUCCUUGAAACCUUGGAGAGAGCAUUUUCUUACUCCAACAGGUGUAUUAUUGGUAGCUUAUGUCUACUGAAUGCAAUGUAUUUCUUCUCUGUUCAGGGAUUUGGGCUGCAUUAUGAUUCACUUGUGACAUAACUCAGCUAAGGUCUAUAUUAACUAAUUUCCAAUAUAAUCUACGAGGUCUAAUUAAUGUUUUUAAUUUCUCUGUGUUAACAAGAAAACAUUUUUAGAUAUGCCAAGUAUUUGUUAUCACUGUGAUCCCUUUUAUAAUUUGAGCUCUGUUCUCACCGGGAGGAUUAUGAAGACAUUAGUGCAGCAUUCUUCAUGUGGAGAAUCCAAGACACAGACGCUGAGCUCUCUGAACACUUGCCUGCCCCACUCUUCCCUGGGACUAGGUUUCUCCUUUUAACUCCAUGGGAGAGAAGUCCAGUGUAUUUUCAUGAGGACAAUUACUCACAAAGGAUCUCUUCAAGGGACUGGGAUAUUAACCCACUUCCUUCACAGGAGACAAUGGGUAGUUUACAGUCAGCAUGGAUGGAGCAGGCUGGAAGCACCUCAGUUCUCAUGACAAUACUAGAAAAUGUCUGAGCCAUGCUCAGGGGCUCCUUAGAGCACAAGCGCAUGAGAGAGAGCCAAGCUCACUGUCAUUUUUGCUUACUCUAUGCUGUAGUUUAGAGCUUAUUAUGAUAUAUUUCAUCAAUAAAUGUCCUGGUGAUAAACAAUGUGUUUUGUAACCAUAAGGCCGAAAGAGACUUCCAGGAAUCAUUCAAUCUAUUUCUCUGCUUUUUGUAAGGAUUUGUCUAAGUAACUAUUCUAAACACAUGGUUAUUCUCUCUGUAC